AUGGAUCAAACAUUGACAGCAUACUGUGAGAGACAGAGUCAGUCACAUACAUUGGGGAAUCCAGUGGUCUUCAACGAAUAUAGGAGCUCCGGUGGUCUUCAACCCAGCAACUCUGAUGGACUUUCAACCCAAAAACUCCAGUGGAAACAAAUAGUCAACAAUGGUGAUUUUCCUGGGGCUAGGACUAGGCUAGUGGUUUCCGAUGGUGGUGGUUUUGGGCUGGGGAUUUUCGAUGGUGUUGGUGCUAGGGGUUUCAGAUAG